AUGAAUUACGAUUAUAUAGGGGCCAUAAAAAUUAAAGAUGGGCUAUUUUUAGGAGAUUAAUUUGCUGCAUAGGUAUUCUAUAAUUGUUAGAUUAGGAUCUUGAAUUCAUUGUAACUAACAAGGUUUCAAGGAUUAUUAACUGUGCAUCUAAAUAAAUACCAAAUCACUGGGAAUCUAUUGGAAUUGUUUAUAUGUCAUUCCCAUGGCUAGAUAAUGAUUAAUAAGUAAGAAACCAUUAAUAAAUGAUUAGGUUAUUUUACAAUAAGAUGAAAUAAUAAAUAAUAUAAUGAAAUUUGUAGAUGAUGCAUUAAAUAAUGGGGAGAGUGUUAUUGUCUUAUCAGUUAAAGGACACAAUCGAUCUGUUGCUACCUUAUGUGUUUAUUUUAUGAAGAAAUAUAGAUGGACUCUUUAUAAAACUCUUUAAUAUAUGCAUAAUAGAAGACCAGAUUUAGAAAUCAGAGCUCACUUCUUUAAUUAGUUAUUAUCAGUUGAAACAAGAUUGUAGAAAUAAGGAUAUGGUGCUAAGACUUAUAAUUGGGAUGAGACUUACACUUAGGGUGAUAAUGAUGAAAUUAUACUUAGAAAUACAUACUUGAAUUCUCAGGCAUAAGGAGUAGCUGAAUUCAAAGAUCAUGAUCCAAAACCAAAAGAAUCUAAGUUUAUUAUCAAUUAUAUUAAAUAUUAGAUUAAAAUUUGCUGAAAAGGUUUCUAUGUAUAUUCCACCAUAUGACAAAAUAGUAUUCUCCAAAACAAGAUCUAUACCCUAAGAGGCUAAACCAAUUAUUAAAUUAUCAGGUUCAUCAAAAUAAAUUGAUCCAUCAUUUUAGCAAUAAACUUAAAAAUAAUAAUCUAUUAAUAUUUAGGAUUAAUCAAUUUAACAACCUCAAAAAGAUUCACAAAAAUCUAGUCUAUAAUAAAUUUAGCCUCAAUAACCUUAAAGACCCUAAUCUUAAGGUGCUCAAUAAUAAAGGCUAACAAAAAGUGAUAGUGUUAAAUCAGGAUCAGUGUUUGAUAAUAAUGCUUCUUGUAUAUCAUUUAUGAUAAUUGAUAGAGCCACAAAAGGUUUAUAUGAAUAAUUUCAUGGACUCAAGAGAUUAAUUUCUAUAGAAAUCCCAAUAACAAAAUGGUACUCGUAGACCAUAAACUGCUCCAAAUUAAUUGAAGGCUCCUCGAGUUCAAACAACACCCUAUAAAAGAAAUACAAGUUCAGGCUAAAGACAAGAAGCAGGAUCAUAACCAAAUUCUUAAUUUAAACCCAUGAGAUAAAGAGCAUAAUCUCCAAAUUCUACAUAUAAUACUUAAAAUCCAUAUAUUCAAAGAUAAUUUAAAGCUAAAGCAUGGAAAAAAUGA